AUGCCGGAUCGGCCAUAUACUGCGUUUUUUAGUGCCCCGUCAUCGUCUUUCACCGCCAAAGACAUCUUUGACGCCCUACUUACGGGUGGUAUCCCAGCCUCUGCUGUCCGCUGCUUACAACAGUCGCCCAAUGGCAAUGUCUUGAUUACUUUUGCGUGACAGAAGUAACGCGAUCUUUUCCUGCGUCGUUCCUCUUUUAUCGUUCGCCGAAGCCACUUUGUCACUCAUCCUGGCUCACACCGUCUUCUGUUUGUUACUGUCUAUGAUGCGCCGCACGAGUUGCCGGAUUCAGUGCUCGAACAUUGCUUGAGCCGUUAUGGCCGGAUCUUCUCUACACAUCGCGGCACGGUGCCGGGUUACCCUGAUGUCUUCAACGGGUUGCAUCACUUACGCAUGGAACUGAAGUCUCACAUCCCCUGUUUUCUGCGUUUCAGAAAGUAUCAGGUUCGGGUGAAAUACAAUGGCCAACCAACUACCUGCCGUCGUUGUAAUUCGGGUGACCACCUCUACGAAGAUUGCAACAACUCCAUCUGCUUUAACUGUGAUCAAGUCGGGCAUCAUUCGAGAAUGUGUCCCGAAGACAUCAAGUGUUGUAUUUGCAAGGAGGAAGGCCACAUGGCCAUCGAUUGCCAGCACUCUUGGUAUCGCCGUCCCCCGCCUUCUGGGGCUCUGUCUCCGUCGAAUCCUGAGGAUUCUGUUCCCCCCCAGUGGAACGUCCUGCUCAAGCCGCUGAGACUCAGGAUACAAGUGCUCUUCAAGCUGACCUUGCCGAUCCUUCGAGCCAGCCUGGCUCUUCUGAUGUACGGGUUCUGGACUCAAAAGGUACCCUUAUCUCCGCGGAUUCUGCUGCUGCUGAACCGCCUGCAGCGUUUUCGCCUUCAGUUAGUGUUCCUCUCUUCUCGGGUGACCAACCCUCCCCGACUCCCGCGUCUGCCGUGACUUCAGUUUCGGAUAGCGUUCUGGCUCAACUAGAUGUCCCCUCACCCUCCGAUGUUCCUCCUUUGGAUCUAACCCAACCUGAUGAGAAUAGUGAUGAUGAUGAGAUGGGGGAUUCUGUUGCCCCUUUAGAAGCUGAGAAGCUAGCAACAGCCUGGAAGAGAGUAUCCCGUGAGAAGGGUCAGCGUAGGAAGAACCUGGCCCGAAAGGCUACAAACUCCCAUUCCUUUGCUCCUGUGCGUGAGGCGACCAGACCCAACCCGCCAGGAGUGAGGCCUAAUAGAGGUAAGGACCCGCCUGAGUAACCUUUUUCCAUUUUCAAAGGUCUAACGAUUAAUGUUCGUGGCUUGAGUGAUGAAACGUUUUCGUCAAGAGAGUUUAGUUUUCUGUUUUAUUCAAGAAACGAUGAUCUCAGAUAAACAAGUUAUUAAUUCCCUUUCUUCCCGUUGGCGGGGCCCCAGUUUUUGGUCUCCAGCUGUCGGGAGGAGAGGUGGCGUGGCUAUUUUGCUUUCAAGUAGUUAACAAGAUCAUCUCUCUGUUUGGAAAACGGAUACUGAAGGUCGGGUCAUUAGUGUAUUACUUAAUAUUGAUUCCCAGUCUAUUAAUUUAGUUAACUUGUAUGCUCCAACUGUACCGGCUGAUAGAAGAGUCUUCUACCAGUCGGUCCAUUUGUAUUUCUUUCCGCUCUCCUCGCUCAUAGUUGGCGGUGAUUUCAACUGUUAUAACGGUUCCUCUGAUAAGUUUGGUGGCUCCGUCUCUAUUAGUUCUGAUUUGUCUGACCUUAAAUCGUGUUUUUUGUUAAGGGAUGCGUGGAGACCGUUACAUCCCAGAACCCGCCAGUUUACUUGGUUUAAUUUAGAUUCUUCAGUAGCUAGUCGUUUAGACACUUUUCUUGUCGCAAGGUCCCUCCUUUCAUCAGUUAAGUCGUGUGUUAUUUCUCCUUGUGUUUUCGCAGAUCAUGAGUUUGUUUUUAUUGACUUAGGUUCUUGA